CGGGCAAUUCGGCGUGGUCGGACUGCUAAAGCCGGCUUUUUGACUCGCGUGAGCCGGCCGGGUUUGCCUGUGGUCUGUCGCGCCUCGGUUUCCCAGCUUCAUGGCGGGGCUGACCCUCUUUGUAGGCCGCCUUCCGCCCUCGGCCCGCAGUGAGCAGCUGGAGGAGCUGUUCAGUCAGGUGGGGCCGGUGAAGCAGUGCUUCGUGGUGACGGAGAAAGGCUUUUGUGAGAAGGAGUCCCAAGAGAAAAGACACCAGUCUCCAGAUCACGGAAGUAAGGUAUGUCGAGGCUUUGGCUAUGUCACUUUUUCUAUGCUGGAAGAUGUUCAGAGGGCCCUCAAGGAGAUUACCACCUUUGAAGGCUGUAAGAUCAAUGUGACUGUUGCCAAGAAGAAACUGAGGAAGAAGUCCAAGGAAAAGGGGGAAAUUGAAAAUUCAGAGUCCCCAAAGAAGGAGCUGAAGCCAAAAAAACCCAAAGUGGCUGAUAAGAAAGCCAGGCUAAUUAUUCGGAACCUGAGCUUUAAGUGUUCAGAAGAUGACUUGAAGACCAUAUUUGCUCAGUUUGGAGCUGUCCUAGAAGUAAACAUCCCCAGGAAGCCAGAUGGAAAGAUGCGUGGGUUUGCUUUUAUCCAGUUCAAAAACCUCCUAGAAGCAGGAAAAGCUCUCAAAAGCAUGAACAUGAAAGAGAUAAAAGGACGGACGGUGGCUGUGGAUUGGGCUGUGGCAAAGGAUAAAUAUAAGAAUACACAGUCUGCCUCUGCAUCAGGUGAGGAGAAGAGGCUUGAACCUAAACAGCAGGAAUUAGGUAAAGAGAAUGGCAGGGAAGAAGAGGAUAUGGAAGAGGAAGAUACAGAAGAGGAAGAUGAUGAGGAGGAGGAGUGGGAGGAGAGUAAAGAAUCAAGGGAGACCAAGCCGACACAAAUUCGAAAGAACAGAGCCGUCAGGAGGGCCCCAGCUGUGGAGAGCAGUGAGGAGGAUCAUUCCGAUGAGGACAGCGACCUGGGGGAAGGCUCCAGCGUGGACAGUGGGGAGGAGCUGGCUCAGAGUGAGGCCAGCAGCGAGCAGCAGGACGACGAAGAUGUAAAAGUCUCCAAGAAAAAGAAGAGGAAGUUACCCUCUGAUGUGAAUGAAGGGAAGACUGUAUUUAUCAGAAACCUGUCUUUUGACUCAGAGGAAGAAGAACUCGGGGAGCUCCUCCAGCAAUUUGGAGAUCUCAAAUAUGUCCGUAUUGUCUUACAUCCGGACACGGAGCAUUCUAAAGGUUGUGCAUUUGCUCAGUUCAUGACUCAAGAAGCAGCUCAGAAGUGCCUUGAAGCUGCUUCUCCAGAGACUGAGGGUGGUGGGCUUAAACUGGAUGGCCGACUGCUCAAAAUCGACUUGGCAGUGACCCGUGAUGAGGCUGCAAAGCUCCAGACAAAGAAGGUGAAGAAGCCAACUGGAACCCGGAACCUCUACCUGGCCCGAGAAGGCUUGAUUCGUGCUGGGACUAAGGCUGCCGAGGGUGUGAGCGCCGCUGAUAUGGCCAAAAGAGAACGGUUUGAGCUGCUGAAACAUCAGAAACUCAAGGACCAGAAUAUCUUUGUCUCCCAGACCAGGCUCUGCCUGCACAACCUCCCAAAGGCUGUGGAUGACAAAGAGCUCAGAAAGCUGCUGCUGAAUGCCACUCGAGGGGAAAAAGGGGUGCGCCUCAAGGAGUGUAGGGUGAUGCGAGAUCUCAAAGGAGCGCCCGGGAAAGUUAAGGGUCAGUCCCUAGGCUACGCCUUUGCAGAAUUCCAGGAGCACGAGCACGCCCUGACAGCCCUUCGCCACAUCAACAACAACCCAGAGAUCUUUGGGCCUCUGAAGAGACCGAUAGUGGAGUUCUCUUUGGAGGAUCGAAGAAAACUUAAAAUAAAGGAACUGAGGAUUCAGCGCAGCCUGCAAAAAGCGAAAUCCAGGCCUGCGACUGGUGAGCUGCAGCAGGAAUGGCCGGUGCUAGGGAAAGACCAGCAACGGAAGGCAGCUCAAAACCGCACGCAGGACCACAGCAAGGCCGCCCUGGAGCAGAAGGGGAAGGUGCGCUCUACCUCGUGGACAGGCUUCCAGACCAAGGCGGAAGUGGAGCAGGUGGAGCUGCCUGAUGGAAAGAAGAGAAGGAAGGUCCUGGUGCUCCCCUCACACCGAGGCCCCAAGAUUCGACACCAAGGAGAAAAGCUAAGGGAAAUAAGACUGAAAUUCGCUUCAACCAGCUGGUCGAACAAUAUAAGCAGAAAUUAUUGGGACCUUCUAAAGGAGCACCUCUUGCGAAGAGGAGCAAAUGGUUUGAUAGUUGAUGAUGUCAGCAGACUGGAUAAGAGGCUGACUGUGCACUUCUUGGUAAAACUCCCAGGUCUCCCUCCACCCUCUCAUGUUAUUCUCUGAUGGGACACUCCCCUUCCUAUCCAGUGCCCUGCCACUUUGUUGAGAGGCCCCUUGGACUAUGCAUGUCUGAACUUUGGGCCCUCCCCAGUGCGUGACUAGUGAACCACAAAGAAAUCUCAGAAAAACAUUUGGAUGCUUCUUGUGUAUAAUCCAGGUUACUGUAUGAAUUGUGUCUAUAAUUAUUUCCCUCUUAGUCCUUUGUUUCUCAAAUGGAAAAAAUUGUAAAGAGCAUUCUCGAGGGCUGAAUUUUUAAGAUGUGUAUUUUGUUAAGUGUCAUCUUUAAAUGAGAUAUUUUGUGGCUUUUUAAAAUAACAAAUUGUCAUUUCUAAUA